UUGUUGAGAAAAUUGCCACAAAAGCUUGGUGAAUUCCAUUGAUUGAAUGUUCUUUGAAACUGCACAUUUACAAAGUUUGUCUCUUUUCUCGACGUCUUUCAGAAAAAUCGAAGCAGUAAUCUGUUUUUAAUGGACAACAAAGGAGUUGAGCUUAGGACAAAAAGUUCGAUAAAAUCCGCCCAGCGAGCAGGCAUCAUACUAUGACAGUUUCUUUGAUUUCAUGACUUUGACGAGCGCCUGAUUUCACCACGAUGCCACACAUAUGACUUUGCAUUUUCUUUCCUAGUCAUAGACAAUAAAUUGUAUUUCUGGUUGUCUGGUCUCUUUCAUAAAGGGGAAAGUCUGAAGUCUUGCAUACUUAAGUGCAAGGGUUGCUGCGGCCUGGUGGUGUACAGUGAAUCUUACAGGGUUUGCGAAGUGUACUCUGUUGACUUCACCGAUAGAAGUCUCACUUUCCAUAAGAAUGAUUUCUACAUUAUCAUGUACAGAGAGCUGGAGUAUCUCACAACCCCCAACACACAGACCUCCACGCAGAAGGUGGUCUUCAGAGCAUUUGCUGGCAUCAGGAAGUCUGUGUACGAGAGAUGGACAGAGACAGGAGUUAACGACGACUUUCCGGUCACAGCACCUGCUGGUUGUCUCAACCUGAGUCCGGACUUGCCUCCCUGCGACAAACACUACCGGAGUGCUAUACUAGACAACUGGCCAAGCGAUAUCAGUAUGGUAUAUAUCGAUAUGUAUAAAAACGGUUUCGGAAGACAGACGUAUUCAUUCAGUGCACCUCGUACUACAGUGGACUCUUGGCUCGCACCUGACUGGGGAGGCAACAGAAAUGUUCACUACGAUAUUCGGGGGAUGGUGAGCGGCGAUAACAUCCGAAGACGAUUCUACUACUUAGAUGCUACCCAGGAGUGUGGCACAACGUCUGGAUACUUCUUUGUAUUUGACUCAACGUCCAAUGACCAAUGCGCUGCAAAUUGGACGGAUCAAGGGUUCCCUGUGUUUAUCUGGCAGUUGAUAGACAGACAGAUAUAUGAGUCAGCUGAUGUGUUUGAGAUCUCCAUCAAGACUAUUGAUCAGCCGUAGGAAAAAUGCCGGCCUACAUUUCAUGUGAGGUGCUUGGGUUUAUGCUUCAACUCGAACUCGAAGUCACUUUCGAAAUUACUUCCCUAACAUUUGAUAUAAGUCAUUUAUCCUUCGUCCUAAAUCAGUUUCUACUAGCUUUAUUGUGUUCCUUCUCUGUCGUUUUUUCCUUCACAUCCACCUGAACUUUCAUUUUCAUUCUCUCUGACUUUCAUCUUCAUUACAUGUAAAAUUUCACCUUUUAUUGUUUUUGUUCUUUUACUUUUUCACCAUCUCAUACACAGAUGUCAACUUAAGAUUCACCCAAAUUCAUGCCUUAAAGUUCAUACACUAGCUUACCAAUAACCUUCACUGUAGCCAUCCAUCAUACAUCAACAGUGACAUCUACAUCUCAAAUUAAAGUUCAUGUCCACUUUCUCUGCGAUAUUCAACUUAAAGUUCACCAUACCGUUAACUUUCACGCUGAUCUUCAAAUUAAAUCUUAGAAUGAAACAUGUCUAUUCCAAAAUA